UUGGCGUCGCAAUUCUCAAAUUGUGGAAGAAAAGUCUACUGGUCUAAAUUCUGCCAUAAUUUCCUUCAUUCUAGACUAUGCCUACUUCUUGGUCCGUCGCUAUUUUCUAUUACGUUGCUACUGAUUACGGUAUUUCCAACGAACAUCAAGACUUUACCGCGAGUGAUGUUGAUAGUAGUAACGUUGGAUGUGUUCUGGAGAGUGGCGCUGUUUUUCCAGUUACUUGAACUUGACUUUCAAUUUCGCAUCGUCACCGGAAGUGAAUACGGUGACCGUAUUUUACAUGAUGUAUUUUUUCAGAUAUCCGUCUUCAUAAUUCAUCUUUUUCCUUUGUAUAUACCCACUUUGCUCAUUGUAUUCGUUCAACACUAUAGAAUGCAGGUAUAUUUUUCAGAGACCGUAAAUCAUUUCUUCCAAUGA